AUGGAAACACCGAAUAUAUUAGACACUCCAUCUUUAAUGACACCAAAUCUCAGUGUAAAUCAAUUGUUCUAUAAACCUUCAAAUACAACUUCUACAAAUGAUCAUAAUGAUAAUGAUAAUAAUAAUCAAAAUUCAACUGCUAAUCGGUUAACAAUAACAACAACAACAACAACAACAAAUGAUGAUGAUGGUGAUUCAUUCCCUGUUUCAUCAGCCGAAAUUAAACUAUUAAACAUAGAAAAUGACCUUAAACAAAUUAUACAUUCUCGUCAACCAACUGAAUCACCUUUUCAAAAAAUAGUUAAAGCUGGAGGUUUAUCAAUUGAGAAAAAUACAUCGUUGCCUCCUACUCAAGAUGAUGGUCUCCCUGUUGACAUACCAUCUACAGCCGAGGUUAUGAAUGAUAUUGAAUCAUUUGGAAAAUAUCCUACUAGAGACAACGUCGAACGCGAAGUAACAAUAAGUGAUAGUAAUCGUCUUGAUACAUCACCAACACAUAACAUGGGUGUAAUUGUUUCACCAAAAAAACAAUUUCUUCGACGAAGUCAAUCCCAUACAGAAGCAACAUCACCAACUAAUCAUUUAUCUCAAUUAAAUAAACUUAAUCAUGAUGAUGAAAAUUCAAUUGAUGAAGAUAAUAAUAAUAAUUUUCAACGUAUGCAUGAUUUACCUAUUUUAACACAUACGAUUGAUUCAAAUUCACAAAUAGAUAAUAAUAUAGAGCCAUCCUAUACAAUGCAAUUCCGAUCAAAUCAAAAUGGAGCACAUCCAACGAUUAUUAAACAACAACAACAACCAGUUAUACUCAAUAAUAAACGAACAUUAUCCCAAGCUAUUAUUGCUACAGCAUCAUCGAAAACGAAUUCAAUUGUUAUUUCUCAACCCGCGAUUAUAAAUGAAGUUACGUCAAGUGAUCAAUCAUCAGGUACAAAACGGCUAAAAAUCAUUUCAACAUCAAAUAAUACCAUAGGAUUACGUUCAUCAUUUUCAUCAUCAUCAAAUGAUAAUAAUAGUCAAAAUGACAACAAUAACGGUGGUUCAGAUGAUCAACGUAAAAAACAAAUACGUGAUAGUAAUCGUGAAGCAGCAAGACGUUGUCGUGAACGUCGUCGAAAUUAUAUUGAACAGCUUGAAGGAAAUUUAGAACAAUGUAAAUCACAAAUAAAACAAUUAAGUGAUAAUUUAGCUCGAGCUGAACGUGAAAAUACACAAUUACGUGCUAUUUUAACUGAAACAAAGAUAUUUCAUUCAUCAACACGACCAUCACAAAACGAAUCAAAUCUUGAUUUUUCAUCAAUUAUUUCUACAACAAACGGAAUUGAUCUUAAUUCAGAAUCAACGGAUGGAAAUAUAAUACAAAGAAAUUAUAUUACUAGACAUCCUCAUUAA